AUGGAGGGUGUGGCUGCCUUCUCGUUGGCGUGCAAUGUUAUACAAAUUGCCGAACUCUCUCGAAAGAUCAUCGCAACCGCGAAGGAGAUCCAAACUUCUCGCAACGGCUUACCCAAAGACCACGAAGAUCUACGUGCAGCUGUGGAGAUCCUACGUCGAGAUGUUGCGGACCUGCAGCAAAACUACAACGGCGAUAUCCUCCAGAGUCUUGCUGUUCAAAGCGAGGUCGCUAUAAACGAGCACAUAGCCCUCUUGGAUUCGCUUCGACUGAAAGGACCCCGAACCUUCCUUCGUGCCUCGGCUGUAGCAUUCAAAGCAUGGCGCAAGCAGCGCCAGCUGUACGAGUCUCAGGCGAAAGUUGACCAACUAUCAGAAGAGCUCAAGACACACAUUGUCACGACCCGUAUCCCGAACAUAGAUCGCAAUGUGGAUUACCUUGGCGAUAAAUUAGCGUCACACAAUCUCUCGAUAGAUCAUGAUAUGAAGAUCAUCGAGCAGCACCUGAACAGGGUUUAUAAAGCGAAUAGGCAGUGUCUAUACGCACUCUACUUCCCAGAAAUCCGGAGUAGAGCCGAUCAAGUAAAGCGAGCGCAUGAGGACACGUUUGGUUGGAUAUUCGAUGGGGCUGGUGACCUGUCUGAAUCUAUUCACAAGAGCAAGUUCAAGAAAUGGUUACGGCUGGACGAUCCUAGCAGAAACGUGUUUUGGGUGUACGGGAAACCUGGCGCUGGGAAAAGUACUUUGAUCAAGGCUCUUAAGGAAUGCCCUCAGCUCGUUCCAAAAGUCUUCCCCCGACGCGAAUGGACGCACGCCGGAACAGAUUUUCGAUUUCCACAGGACAUUCUGUGGAGCAGUUUUCAGGAUCUUUUGAACUUGGCGCCGAGCUUCAACAUCUUCCUGCUGUUCAUCAUCGAUGGUCUCGACGAAUUUGACGACCGUGUAGAGGUACUCAACAGUUCGGCACCGGAUGUACAGGACUUGCUACGUCUGCUUCGCGCUAUACAGGCAUGUCCCUCAGCAAAGCUUUGCGUAGCUAGUCUGCCCCUAAAUGAGUUUGAGAUUCAUUUGGGAAAGGAUAGAGACUUCUGCAUACCCGUACACGACUUGACCUCAAGGGACAUCAGAACGUAUACCGAAGAUACACUGAGCAAACACCCUGCGUUUGCGCAACUCGUAUUACAGGAUUCUGGCUAUGCAAACCUCAUCGCAGAUAUCACCUCCGCUGCAGAAGGAGUUUUCCUAAGGAUAUUAGAUGCCCCGAGCCUUCAACAGUUCAUGAACGGUGAAGACAUGGUAUUGUUUGCGGCCACAGUUCGUAGAAGAUUCCACGCGCGCAGUAGAGGGCUGUUAGAAUUCAGGGCCCGAUGGGACCAUCAGAGCGAUGAGUUUCGUGGAGUCCAGCACGAGAUGUCAAAGCUGAGAAACGAAUGUGUCGGACUAGCACACAGAUCUAUGGCAGAACUCCUUGACAGAAAUGAUAUGAGACACCAGAUCACGACCGAAGCCGGUAUGGCAUUCGAAAUGCCUGAGCUUUAUGCCCAAGCAUUGAUGGCCACUCUCAAGGCGGAGGUAUCUAUCGCAUGGACGCUUCGUUCGAUUCAAGAUAGCGGCAUUCACUUCGGGAAGAAAGAUUCAAAUGAUGUGGAAAGAAAUAUCCGCGCUCUACUGCACAAGUUAGUGCCAAUUAUGGAACAGGCAGAGGAAGAGCAGAUGAAAGCACACUGGUCCAAACUUGACGAUUUCCUCAAUUUCCCACUCGCACAGGAGAUGAAUCUCUAG